CAUGGAUGUCUCAGGAUGAUGAGGCUCCGGCGGCCCGGUGCGCAGUGCUCAGUGGGCGGGGCUAACAGGUCACAUGACCGGAGUCGUCAGAGGAGAGGAACCGCCAUGUGGCUGAUAAGACCGACACUGUUGUUAGGCUUGGUGUCGAGCAGAGGAGUGCUGAGAAGUAUGUUUCCAUGUUUUACCUGUGUGCAGUGUGCUCAGGUGGGAGACUGGCAGAGUGCCAAGUCAAUCUACGAGUUCUCUGCCAAGGACAUUGAUGGGAAUGAGGUGUCUCUUGACAAAUACAGAGGCGAUGUGUGUGUCAUCGUAAAUGUAGCCUCUAAAUGAGGAAAGACCAAGGUAAACUACACUCAGCUGGUGGAUAUGCACGCCCGCUAUGCUGAGCAAGGUUUACGUAUCUUGGGCUUCCCAUGCAACCAGUUUGGAGGACAGGAGCCAGGAACUGAUGCUGAGAUUAAAGAGUUUGCCAAAGGUUACAACGUCGAGUUUGACCUCUUCAGUAAAAUUGAUGUGAAUGGAGACAACGCUCACCCUCUGUGGAAGUGGAUGAAGGCACAACCCAAAGGCAAAGGAACCUUCGGAAAUAACAUCAAAUGGAACUUCACAAAGUUUCUGAUAAAUAGAGAAGGAAUUGUAGUGAAGAGAUACGGGCCAAAUGAGGAUCCAAUCGUGGUGGAGAAGGACCUGCCCACAUACCUGACGCCAUCAUAACACUACUGUCUCCUAUGUGUUUGCUUGACUACUGACUUCUCACAUGGACCUCAUGGUAUUGGUGUGGGUGUGUGUCUGGACCAGUGACGGCCUGUCUGUAAACCCAACAUUGGGGAGGGCAGGCCUGAUGAACCCCAGCGUGCAACAAACCCCCAGGACACACCCACACCAGACCCUAAGACCACAUGAGAGGACAUUCAUUAAUUAUUCACAGUAGAGACCCUUCACAUCUUACUCCAAACACAGCCAUUCUCUGGCCGCUACAAAUAUCUGCUAAUCCCUUCUCAAUGUUAAGUGUCAAGUUUAUUCAUGUUUCAGUGUCAGUUUUAUUUAAGGAAACGCGAUGCCAUAUACGGUAUUUCACACAUUUCUGGAAAGCUACUGAUAAUAUUUAUUUGGACUUAACUUGCUGAAGGGCCCAUGAUUGUAUCUACAACUCAUGACUAUUGUGGUGAAAUUGGGAAACAGAUGGUGUCUAAGACAAUUUGUCAAUUUACAUGCACUUAUUAAAAUAAAUAAUUUGAGCUAUAGUUAUGCUCACCUGA